CCGAAUCUGCUGAUUGUGUCGUCUUUCGCGAUUUCGCUUAAUCCGCAUUGUUGAAUAGAAUAAUUCCUGCGGAUAUUAGCUACUUUGACACCGGUUUUGUCGUGUGUGCAGUGCUGGAACUUGGAAAUGGUGUCGCCCAAAAAGGUGUGUUGUAACAACGGCGAUAAAUCGCCCAGCCCGGAACCCUUCAAAGAACCCGAGGGAUUGGUUACAAUAGAUUUGAGGGGUUCGAAAAUCGAGGAAGUUCAGAAAAGUUCUACACAAACCAAAAAGACGAGAAAACGGGUAGUAGAAGUUAUAUUGGCUUUGUUCAUUUUCAAUAUAACUGUAUUUGGAAUAAUUUUAUACAUCAACGAAGAGUCCUACUUUUUUAAAGCGAAACCGCUGGUAGUUAAAGAAUCGAUUCCUGGGAAGGAAAAUAACGUAAUAACAAUAAAUAAUCUGAUAAACAAAUGCGUCGAUACUAAACCGUUAAAAAUAUGUUGCAUAUUAUUCGGGGAUACUGAUAGUGAUUUUUAUAAAUAUUGCUUGGACAACAGCGUAGUAUUAUCUGCUUUCCAAAUCGAUAAAAGAAAGAAAAGGGACUUAACAUCUCAGAUAUAUUCCGAUUACCAACCGCCUUUUGCACCAAUAUACGAUUAUCCGCAGGAUUAUUUCUACGAAUCAGAUUACCCUUAUGAUUUACCUCCACACGAAGUUCAUCCUUAUGCAAAUACUAACGAAGAGAAAUAUAUGGAACAACCGUACGCAGAAAUGCCAUCUCCAGGAUAUUCAAUAAAAGUGGGUAUUCAUCACGAGGAAGCAGUGCCUCGACCAGUUAGUAAACCUCUACAACCAAAAUUCGAUUCAAAACCGAUUCCAAUACCCCUAUCAUUAGACCAAUUUGAAGAAAAUGACAACAAAAAUGAAGUGAAACCUCCAAUUAUCAACACAAGAAUUUUACCAAAUCAAGAUAGUAAAUCAACUAACGAUAAGAUUCCUCCAAACACUCAAAUAACUGAUGAUACGUCUCAUUUAAUAACCACUAUAAAUCCCAUUAAAAACGUUCCUUUAAUUAUAUCUGAUCGUUUCAAAGAUACAACAAGUGAUCCGAAAGAGCCCACUGAAAAUUCCUUGAAUAUAAACGACAGAUUCGAAUCCAUUUCAUCAAAUCCAACAAACGAUAAAGAAGUGACGAAUGAAUCAGGGAAUUCGGGAGAUUUGGUAACGCAACCGAACGAUUCCCUGGAUAAAACGGAUAAACCCGAAAACAUGGAAAAGUUUAUAAAUCCGUUAAACGCCAAUCCGGAAGAAUUAAACGAAAGUUCAUCGAUUAAAUCUGACAGUGCAGAUAAUAAAGAUUCAAAUGUAAGUAAAACAGAAGAAAUUUUACCAAUAACAUCAGAAAAAUCAACGAAGGUUUUUGAUGAAAAUUCCGGACAUCCAACUGAACCAUCAAGUAAAAUAGUAGAAGAAGAUUCACUUCAUAUUUCAGAUAUUCCAGAAGAGUCUGGUACAACAAGGAUCGUCCCAGUAUCAAGCAUAAUUACUGAGACUAAUGAGCCAGUACUACAAACAAGUACAUCUGCAAGUACUACAUCUACAAGUACCACAUCUACAAGUACUACAUCUACAAGUAGUACAACUACAAGUACUGUUAGUAAUUCACUAUUACCUGAAAACUUAUCAGAUGGACAAACAGAACCGAGCAUAUUGAAAGAAGCAAAUCAUUUAGACGAUUUAUUAACAGCCACAGAGAAAGCAGAGAAUACAAUUAAUAUUCCAGAUACACCAGAAAUAUCUGAAGGUGUCUCAGAUUCUGCAUUUGAUUACACUAGCUCUGCUCCAGUAGAAAAAUCAACUGAAACACAAUCAGUAACUACUAACAAAGUUGAAAAACAGUUUGAGAUUCCAAGCAAAUCCGAAAAAAAUAAUAACAAACCACCACAAACAGAUCAGUUAGAUAAGGAAACGAGACCAGAAGAUGCAAAUAACAAUUCCCCUACUACACCUAUAAAUAUUGAACAGAAUAUAGUUUCAUCUAUACUUUCACCCCAAUUAUCAGAAGAUUUAGCCACAAAAUCCAAUAAUAAAGAGGGUCAAAAUUAUCCAAUACAUUCCCAUAAAACCGAAGUUGACGAUGAAACGAAAAAAGUAGAAACUUCAACUGAAACUAAUACCCAAUCGGAUAAUUCGAAGGAUUCUGUAAAUAAUUCUCAAGAUGUAUCUGAAUUAGAAAAUACUCUUGUUCAUUCAACUGAACAUUCAUUGACUGAAGUACCGAGUCGAAUGGAAACAGAAAAUUCGGAGACUCCAACGAUCCGAGGGCAAUCCAAGCAGGAUAAUUCAAUUCAGAACAACGAAAUAAAUCCAAAUAAUUAUAAAAAUAAAGAAAAAACUUCCACAGUAUCGGAUAAUGAGGGUGACCAGCAAUGGGAUAAUGGUGGAAACGAAAUGAAAUCGGAGAAGGACACUUUGUUAGGAUCGCCUGAAAUGAAAUCGAGUAAUCAAGAUAUUCUUAGUAUCGAUAUCCCUCUUGAAGACAAUUCUGAAAAAGUAAACUCACAUAUUGCGAAAUCAAGCGAUAACAUCGAUUCGAGAACACGUCAAAAAAUCGAUUUAACCUCAGCAUCUUUGGACCUUCAAUCAAACCGGCAGACAUCUUACAACCCUUGCUUGAAUAUGCAAAAUUCGUAUGCCUACGCCAACGAUCCUCAACAAGUACUUCGCAUAGUACCCAAAUCCUCUCCUUACAUUAUAAAUCCACCAAUUUACCCGUAUGUCCAAUCUCCCUUCAUGUUACCACAACAGUUCAUUAAUCAACAAUUUACCAACGGACCCCUGCAAGUUAGUGGACCUGGAGGACAAUUUUACAUCUGUAAUCCCAUAUCUGGACCCAACAUGAACCCUGCAAACAGUAACAACGUUGCUGGUUUACCAGGAGUAGAAGUCAGAAGGGAAUCUGCAAACCUACAAGAAUUGGUAGGAAAUGUUCAACACCUGGAGAACUCUUAUAACCGCAGUGGAUCAAACGAGAUUGAGUGCCCUACUGGAUAUUUCGCAUGCGAAGAUGGCAGUAAAUGCCUUCCAAAAUUCCAUUUAUGCGAUAGCGAAGUAAAUUGCGAUGAUGCCAGCGAUGAGACGUUCUGCACGUGCAGAGAGAGGGUGGGAAAAUUUAGGCAAUGCGAUGGCUACCAGGAUUGCCCACAAGGAGAUGACGAACUGGGAUGUUUCGGUUGCAGUGAAGACGAAUUUAGCUGUGACGAUUGGUCCAAAUCCAGGAAGAGUACUUGUAUUCCUAUGGAGGAACGGUGCGAUAAUAAAAUACAAUGCCAAAUAACUGGUAAAGACGAAGAGGAUUGUUCGAUUCUAACCGACAAAAUCGGACCGCAACCGGUCAAUAAAAUUUCGAAUGCUGUAGGAUUCCUUCAUAGAAACUACAAGGGCAAAUGGUUUCCAACUUGCUACGGCGACCACGAUUGGUCCAUGGACGUAUGUAAAAUAGAAGCCGGACCAACUGCAAUGCUACCAAAGACCCACAUGAUGUUAACAACGAACCAAUACGACGGAUAUUUCGUAAAUAGCUUACCCAACGAAGACAUUAGCUUGGUGAAAAAUUGCAUACAAGACAGAGCAACGUUCGUCGAAUGUCCACCAAUGUAUUGCGGUAUGAGAGUUACGAUCCGAAACCCUUACAGAAAGAACGAAGUGGACGUUAGCGCCGAAAAUAUCAUAGAAGACUUGGAAAGAGCAGCUCCCCAGGAAUACGUUGAGGAACUGGUGGGUGACAGUAGAAUUGUAGGCGGCAAACCGAGCCAACCAGCCGCUUGGCCUUGGCUAGUAUCCAUAUACAAAAAUGGAAAUUUCCACUGUGGAGGUGUCCUGAUCAACGAAUGGUGGAUAGUUACUGCUACUCAUUGCGUUGAUAAAUAUUGGCAGUUUUACUACGAAAUUCAAGCCGGAUCGUUGAGGAGAUUCUCGUACGCGCCGAUGGAGCAACACCGCUGGGCCUCCGUUGUAAUACCAAACCGCAAUUAUGACAGAACAACCCUCAAGCAUGACAUAGCGCUGAUGAAGCUAUCAUCGCCCGUUCGAUUCAACAGGUACAUUAGACCAGUCUGUUUGCCCACGGAAUUCACGGCCGGACGGGACUUCAUGGCCGGCCCAUCGCCGGGGACUAUUUGCACCACAAUCGGCUGGGGCGCUACUAUGGAACACGGAGCAGACCCUGACCAUGUUCGCGAAGUGCAAGUUCCGAUAGAGAAGUGCACGCACAAAGACGAUCUUGGCGAUGAAGAUAUUUGCGCUGGAUUGGCUGAGGGUGGUAAAGACGCGUGUCAAGGUGAUAGCGGCGGGCCGUUGUUGUGUAGGAAUCCCAAUAAUCCCAAUCAAUGGUAUUUGGCUGGGGUUGUUAGUCACGGGGAAGGUUGCGCUCGACCGAACGAGCCCGGAGUGUACACCAAUGUCGCGAAAUAUGUAGGGUGGCUCGCGGAGAAUAUGGAUGAAACCAAAUUUAUAGCAAGAUUCCCGCUACAAAAGUGUCCCGGUUACGAAUGCAAAUUAACCAAUCGAUGCGUACCAAAGAAGCGCGUUUGUGAUAGAGUUGUGGAUUGUCUACUAGCAGAUGACGAAAUUAAUUGUCACUCGCCAUCAAACCACUUAUUAUCUAUCACAAGAACCAGUAACAACGAAGAAAAUGACCCCAUACUGCAAGCUACUUUGUCAAACACCAAAGCAAAUUCGUCUGCACACGAAGGCGCAAAUAAGUACUUCACUUGCAAAAAGCUGCUGCAACUGGUUCCUUCAUCGAAGAGGUGCGAUAAAACGCUCGAUUGCGAAGACGGGUCCGAUGAGGAGGAUUGCAAGUGCGCCGAUUACGUGAAGCACCAAAAUCCUAACGCCAUUUGCGACGGUAUCACCGAUUGCCACGACGCCAGCGACGAAAAUUGCCUAACCUGCAAUUCCGAUCAAUACUUCUGCAAUCAAACUCAAAAAUGCAUCGAUCUGACUCAACGUUGCAAUGGCGUUGCUGAUUGCGAUAAGAGCGAAGACGAAUGGGAUUGUGUUGCUUUAACAGACGGAAAAUCUGUAACUUUCGACAUUGCUGGCCGUCCGAAUUUAAUCCUCUCCGGCGUUCUCACUAUAAAUAAAAACGGCAAAUGGCAAACUUUAUGCCACAAUACGAGCGAACAAGCCGCAGCCGUCGCUUCGAAUGCUUGUUAUAUGAUAGGAUUCGAGGACUACGUAGGCUUCGAGGAAAGACAGGAAGAUGCACCGUUCAACGUGCCAAGCAAAGAAAACGAAACUUGCACCAGCUUGUACGUUAGAUGUUCGAACGUUUCUUUAGAUAACCCUAUGCGUAACAAGCAUCUCGAUAACGUUACCGAAGAAAUUGAACUUUAUACUUCACCGUGGAACGCUGUAAUUUAUGCAGACGGCGCGUACAAAUGCAUGGGCGCUGUGUUGAAUUCGCGUUGGAUUGUCACAUCUGUCGGUUGUUUCGAUGGCAUAACUAAUUUGAGAGAUCAUUAUGUUGUGGUGCUGUUGGGUAAAGGCAAGGCUGCGCUUCGCGUGAAAGGUCCGCACGAGCAAACGUUGAGAAUCGUGGAAAGCGUGGAAAUCUUAGGUACCGAUAUAAUUUUGCUCAGGACUGAAAAGUAUAUAGAAUUCACCAGAUAUGUGAAAGAUGUUAGACUAAACAUUCGAAGAGACGGUAGACGCAGGGAAAAUUGCGUUGCAAUUGGAGUUUACAACAACAAAGCGAAAUACGUGUUUUUAAAUCCCAUAGAAAAUUGCGAACCCGGAUUAAGGUGUUUCGAAACCAAACUUAAGGAAAAUUGUACAGAUUCGAAUCCUUGGAGUGGAAAUGUAUUUUGCGAUUCUGGAAACGGUUGGUACACAGCAGCAGUGUUUUCAGAGAAAAAAGGACUCUGCGGAUUAUCAUCGGUCCUCCAAUACACCAGCCUCCCAUUCAACAAAAACAGGAUAUUCAAGGCGAUGGAAAAAUUCUCGCCUGAUGCACCCAGGCCCGAGUGCAUGGGAUUCCGAUGUGCAUUAGGCGAAUGCAUACCUAACAACCUGACAUGCAACGGUAUCGAAGACUGCGUAGGGGGCGAAGACGAACAUCCAACUCUCUGUUACGAAAAUGAACGCGCCUGCCAUCUAUACGGGCAAUGCUCUUGCCGCCAUUCGGAAUUGAAGUGCAACGACGGCAAGUGCAUCCCGAAGAGUGCAUUCUGCGACAUGACCAACGAUUGCGGCGACUUCAGCGACGAACCCCCUGUAUGCAACUGCAGGGAGUACCUGAAACUCACCGACCCCAGGAAACUUUGCGACGGAGUUAUACACUGCUUGGACAGGAGCGAUGAAAGUCCCGAAUCCUGCCCUUGUCCUUCGGAUGGAUUCCAUUGCAUCAGCACAAAGCAUUGCAUCAUAAACGAAAUGGUUUGCGAUGGAUUCGAAGACUGUCCGAACGGAGAAGAUGAAAAAACUUGCUUGGAUAUAGUAAAUGAAAAAAACGAAUCAACAAACGCCGGUGAAUUGAAAAGAAGAACAGCAGGAGUGUGGCAUUCGGGCUGCUUCAACGAAACCUACACCAAAGAAGAAUUGAACACGAUCUGCAUGGAUCUGGGAUACAACAGGGACGGUACUGAUCUCCUUCCUGCGAUGGCUAAGCAGCCCGGUUCGACGUCGCUACGGCCGGAAUUCGACGAUUACCAAGUCGUCUGGAUUUACAGGAAGGGCAAGAGCAGGUUUAAUCUUGCCCUGCGCAGCGGCAACGAGCCCUACGUGAGGUUUGUUCCAGACGAAAAUUGCCACA